ACCUGGCUAGAUGUUACUAACAUUGUACAUACCAAGACGGCUGUUUACGUAACAAUUUAAGAGUGCCUGAACAUGAUUUAGGAUUUAAAAAAUUGGACAACUGGACAAGCAGCAAGUAUGGACGGUCGAGCUCUUGAAAAAGUGACCAUAAAUCAACAAAAGCCAGAGGACCAAGGGGUGUUCCCUACUUCUCUGUCAGAGCAGGAGCUUGUGGAGGCCAGACGUAAAAGCGCCCUCAGUCGCAUCCUCGGUUCCAGCUGCAUCUUCAGGACACCUGAAAACAGAGUGGAACGGCCUGACCUCCAAGCUCAUCUCAUCAUCAGAAACAAAGCCAAUGAACACUAUGAAAAUGGAGAAGAGGCUAUUACCAAAUCCCAGUUUUCCAAAGCUGUGAACUGCUUUUACAAAGCUAUCAAUCUUCAGCCAAAACAGACGGAACUGUACGUAAGCCAAGCAGAGGCCUUCCUUCAGAUGUGCGACUUUCAGUCUGCAGUCAUUAGCUACAAACAGGCUUGCCUCCUGGCGUCUGACGCAAAGCCCUUCCAAACUCGCAUGGCAUUUAUCUACUACCUCCAGGGCCAGUGUUUGUACGACCAGGGGAUGUUCCUGGGUGCCCUGGAGUCCUUUACAAAGGCUGCAGAGCUCAAGCCCGGCUUCAGGUCUUAUCAUGUGAGAAGACUGGCUUGUCUGACAGCUCUUGGGCACUAUGGUGACUGUCUUAAACUGGUCACUAGCUGGCUGGAUUCAGGCUGUCAGACCUCGGACCUCUUCACUCUAAGAGCCCGGCUCUACAAACAACUCAACCAGGUGGCACCGUGUUACCAUGAUCUGAAGUCAGCUCUGGCGCUGAACCCAGGCUGCUCGGAGGCCGGAGAGUGUCUCAGGGGCCUGGAGGAGGUCAGCGACAGGGCCAAGCAGAUGGCAGUCAGGAGGGCCUUGGCAGGGGAGCUACCAGGAGCCCUGGCCAGUAUCAACUCUGCUCUGGAGCACUGUCCAGAGAACGGGCAUCACUACCUUUUCAGGGGGAUUUUAUACCGGCGGCUGAAGGACUUCACGGCUGCCAUCGAAGACCUGGUCCUGGCCGUGGAGCUGAGCGAGGCAGGGGAGAGGGACCCGGGAGGGGACGACACCCAGGAGGAUCUGAAGGCGGUGCAGGAGGACGCCAAAGCUCAACUGGUGCUCACCUACAACGACUUUGCGGUGCACUGCUACUCCCACGGUCACUACGCCGAAGCGGCCAUGUUGCUGACCAAAGCCAUUGCAGAACAGAAGGAAGAACGCGGCCUUUACAUCAACAGAGGAGACUGCUUCUUCAAGCAGGCUGAGUGGGAGUUUGCCCUGGCUGACUACCAGCAGGCUCAGGAGAUGGCUUCAGAUGACCACUCCAUAUGGGUCCGCCUCGCUGUCAUCCACAACACCCGGGGAAUACUACUCUACCAGGAGCGGAAGGACAUGGAGGCUGCAGACCAGUUCUCAGAGGCCAUCAAGUACAACCCAGGGGUCAGUCAGUACUAUGAGAACAGGGCCAAAGCCCAGCAGAAGGUGCCUAACAUGGAGGGUGCCAAGCAUGAUGCCAUCUGUACCCUGAUCCUGGAUCCCACUAAUGAUCAGGUGGUCCCGCUGCUUCUGAGCCUGUUCCCAGGCUGCUCAGUGUCAGAUGUGCUCUCCAGUGAGACGUCCAGGACCGUCAGAGCCCAGCUGAUGGACACCAUCCAGGCCUGCAAACAAACUCUCCCCACUGAGCCAAGUUUUUUCAGGGGCUUUGACAGGAUGGCCCUAUCACAGGGCUCCGACAGCCAAUCAGACAACCAAUCGGAGGAUUGGUCUGAUGCGGGGGAGGAGCUUAAGCAUUGUGUGGGCCAACCGGAGAUGUUCCACGAGGUCAUCAGGAACAACAAGCAGGUGAAGCAAGCAGUCCGAUUGGCCUUGGAGCGUCGUCCACCUCUUCACUAUGCUGGGCCCCGCUUGGCCCCUGUCUUGAAGGUGGAACUGGAGCAGUCUGCCCUGAGCUCUGAGAAAAGGCCCUAUAACUGGAGGAAGUUUACGGGCUUUUGAGUCAAUUCCACCAGAGCAAUCACCACAGUAUGGGCUGGAUGUUUGAGCUGGUGGUAAUGCUUAGAAGUAUGUUUUAAUACUGGCUUGCUGGUUGUCUAGAGAGCAUGUCUGAUAGUGGAAUGGGCAGUAGCAGGUGGAGGUUUUAGUCUUCUUCACCUUUCCUACAGGUGUCAGUGGAGGUACAGUUUUCCUUAGAUGUGUAGCCUGUCAUUAGAAUUCACCAAAGUACAUACUGUCCAGCUAUAUUGUGAAUCAGCCUUGUUAAACCCUUAUAUAAGCCAGCAGCCCUAGUCAUAUAAAGAUUGUGUUAUUCAUUUGUCUAGUGUUUUUGCCGAUGAAUAUGAAAACAUCAAUUCUGAGAGUCAAUGAUUCAGGUGGAGGAUUUCUAUGGCAUUUACCAAACAAACCGUGCGUAAAACCCUCAGUACCAAAUCAAACAGCUUUAAA